UUACUUUAUACUAAAAUAAUAUUUAAAACAACAAACAUAAUCAUUUUUUAUUUUAUUGUUUUCUUUGUUUUAAUAUUAUAAAGAGGUUUAAAUAUUUAUUUCUAAUUAAAAUUUAAACAAUAAUAUAAAUUAAUAGUGAUAAUAACAAUAAUAAUAAUAUAAAUAAUAAUAAAUGUGCUGUUAGAAUUGUGUUAAAAUUUAAAACCGUUCAAAAAAAAGGAAAAACCGACGAAGAUACGGCGCACGGGCGCAUCACAGAAAAGGGAUAUUGACAUUUUUGGAUAGGGGCGCUGUUGAGAUCCAGGACUGCCCUGAUCGUCUCUCUCGCAGUAUCCAUGGAUACGCUCUGGAUAAAUUCGCGCGAAACCGGCGCGCAAGCGAGUGAACUAACGAAUAAAGAGUAAACGGCUAAAGAUCAAAAGUGAAGCUUGACGCGAUCAUGCCACGGGGAAGCUGAUAAUUACGGUCGCCAACAAUGAUGUGACAAUAAAGAUACCUCCGUAUGUUCUCGAUCGGGAAUUAUAAACCGAUCAUCUGUGCUACUCAGUGCUUCCGUAAACAAAAACAAAAAAAAAAUAUCAACGUCAACAAGUUAAUAAAUAAAUGGAUUUAUAAUCUCCAUAAAAAUAUCGCUCAUUAAAUUUAUCGGUCUGGUAAAAUUAGUGCCAAAAAAAAAUAGCAAAGAAGAAAAAGAGGAAUAAAUAAAUGAAUAAAAAUAAGAAUAAGAAUAAAAAUUGAUUACAAAUAAACAUAUAAAUUAAAAGCCAAAUAAAAUUGUGUCAAAGAGAGGGAGAGAAAAGACAUCGAGAGAUGAAAGACUAACCAGUCGAUUUUAAAAAAGAUAAAAUAAAGAGGCCAAAAAAUAUAAUACAAAUAAUAUUGAUAAUAUAAAAUGGGCAAUAAAUUAUCAGCGUGCAGUUGUGCGCCUUUAAAAAGGGGCUAUCGUGAUGAAGACUCACCAUGGCAGACAGGUGGAAGAGGUGGAUUGGGAGGAAGCGGUAGCCAAAGGGGUGAUUCUACCCACUUGCUCAGGUGCGGAAGCGUAAUAGAGAGGAAGAGAUUGUGGGCUGAAGUCUUUCAUGUAAGUGCGGCCGGACAAACAGGUCUUGUCAAAUGGCAACAAGUUUCAGAGGAUCUUGUGCCUGUCAACAUUCGCUGUCUUCAGGAUUCCCCUGAAAUGGUCUUCCAUAUUUCCGCCUACAAUAGCCAAGUUGACAGGAUUCUAGAUGUACGACUGGUACAACCAGGUACAAGAAUUGGACAAGCAUCGGAAUGCUUUAUCUACUGGAAAGACUCGAUGACCAAUGAUACAUGGGGUCUGAAUUUCACUUCACCAAUAGAUGCUAAACAGUUCAAAGAUUGCUGCUCACCCUCGACAAAAACACCCCGUAAAGCGCCUUCUUCGUAUUCCCUCAAACUGGAACCUCCCAACAAGCAAAAGGUCAAAACACGGAUGAAACCACUUUCUACACCGGCUUCUCCUAGUCGAACAAAAGCACCUCAGUGCACUUGCAUGGUGCCCGAGCAACUGUCAAGACUAUCCCGUACUCGCGAUCAAAGAUUUUCAGCUGGUCCCUGCGGCCCCGUAUCGUUACCUAGAAACAUGGUACUGAAUCCACGUUCCGGGGAUGUAGAAAUGACACCUGGACGUGACAAGAUAGGUAAUAACGCAACAUCCAGCGUUUCACUUUACGACAAUGUCAAUAAUACUAGCGAUACACCAGGUAAAACAUCUAAGUACGGCGAUACGUCAAGGCAUGUCAGUAAAGACAAACAACUGCAGAAUGAAACAUGCCAGACAACGCCCAAAACAGUUAACGUUGCAACUGGCACUGCUACCGUUGGUUCACAGAUUGAUAGUCCAGACGAUAAAGGUACAACGACAUCACCAAAAAAAGGAAUAAAACGUCAGGACAGUGCAACACAAAAUGGCAGUGAGUCAUUAAAAUCAGAAAGUAUACAAGUAGGGGGUACAUUAGGUAGUAAAUUUCGUAAAGAGCAAUUACAUCAUACAAAAUCUGCUGAUUAUACAGAGUAUGAAAUUCAAAAUGGUAAUUUCUUUAACAUUGUUAAUAAUAAUAGUAGUAAUAAUCAUGGCAGCAGAAAAUCCAAGAGUAAGAGUACGGAUGAUAUGAGAAUUGAAAAUGCUCAAAACGGUGGUAUUAGCCUCGAUCCGAAUACAUUGAAACGGAUGCUCAAACCAAUGUCAAGUAUUGAUAGUCCAGCAACUUCACCAGAGAUGACAAGAAAACGUCAUCCUCAUGCUCAUACUUAUCACUAUCAUCAUCCAAAUAAUAAUAAUCAGAGGUACAUACAUUCCGAACCGGAAAAUGAUAAUUAUGCACAUCCAUACAGAAGUCCGUACAACAAUAAAUUUCAAGGAUCAAGAAGCAUUCACGAAAUGAGUCGUCAAUAUUCUACUGGCGGCAGAGGCAGGAUGUACUUAGAUUUGGAACGUAAUCGGUGCACAGGUGACAUGUCCCCACCGUCAGACAACGUUAUCUUCGACAAUCAGUGCUACGCAACAACACCAAGUUCAUCUAAUGGUAAUUCAGAUAUGGAACAACCGAACCACUGCAGUGCUCGUCGCUACAAUGGCCAGACAUAUCAUCAGCAGCAUCAUCCGCAGCAGCAACAUCACCAGCAGCAUCAUCAGCAGCAGCAUCACCCGUAUCAGCAGCAGCAACAACAGCAACAGCAGCAGCAACAACAACAACAGCAGCAGCAGCAACAAAAUAUGCAGCCUACUUCAACACCGGGCAGCCCAACCAGUCGGUUAUUGCUCGAGUACGAAAUGCAUUUGAGAAACACUCUGGCGAAGGGAAUGGAUGCUGAAAGCUACAGUCUUCAUACCUUUGAAGCACUUUUAACUCAAAGCAUGGAAAAUCUAGAAUUAGCAGAAAAUAUUCCGAUGAAUGUUCAACGCACACCACACUCAUCGCGCAAGCGUCCGAAUUCAAAUAAAUCAUCGACACUCCCGCUGUCCUAUCGUUAUUCAAAUGAUCGGCAAAAUAGUAAAGAUCGCGAUGGUUACUACAGUGAUCGCAAUGAAAUAAUAAGAGAGAAAAGAGAACGCGAAGCUGUUGAACGUGAAGGAUAUCUCAGUGACUACAACUCAAAAUACGAACCAAAUGUUUCACAACGAUGUACCAGUUGUAUUGGAGAAUCAGCAAGAGCUCAAUGGUUUCGACAUUCAGAUGGAUGGCGGUCUGGUAGCUCAACACUAGGAUCAGCGGCAUCUAAUUCUAUAAAUCUUAGUUAUGACCGUGGAGGACACAAGAGAGAAUCACCUUGGGAGUCAUUGCCCUCAUUACGACAGGAGAACAGUCUUAAUGACAGCGGAUACAGGUCAAAUAGAACCGAUUCAAUGGAACAGCGUGGAACUUUUGAUCGACAAGACAGCGUAAGGUCAGAUUACAUGUCUGAUAGAGACAGCAGAUAUGGAAUUGUGCAACAAGCAUCUUUGGAAAGUACAGACUCGAGACUUUGCUACUUGACGUCGUCAGAGAUGUCAGAUGAUGACCGUAUGUCAUUAACAACUGCAGUAAGUGAUGAUGAUGACGGUGAGAGUGUUAUGAAUUCACCUUACCGUGGCAAACAAACUGGUACUGCAGCUGCUUCAUUUAAUUGCACAGGAGCUGUUCGAAAAGCUGGUUAUCUCAGUGUUAAAAAAUGGUUACUACGUAAAAAACAUCAAAUUGAAUUGGCGAGAAAACGUGGUUGGAAGGGCUACUGGGUAUGUCUAAAGGGUACAACGCUAUUGUUCUAUCCAUGCGAGUCACAAGAAAGCCGAGCUGUUGAGACAGCUCCAAAGCACCUUAUUAUAGUGGAUGGUGCUAUCAUGCAACCGAUUCCGGAGCAUCCCAAGCGAGAUUAUAUAUUCUGUUUAAGUACAGCAUUCGGUGACGCUUACUUAUUUCAGGCUCCGUGUCAAGUGGAACUUGAGAACUGGGUGAAUAGCAUUCACUCAGCUUGUGCGGCUGCUUUUGCCCGACACCGUGGUAAAACUGGUACUUUACAUUUACUACAGGAGGAAAUUUUCCGGUUGGAAAAAGCCAUUGAGUCGGAUUACAAGCUAAAACAUAUGGCCGAUCUCCAGCAGUCUGUUGUAUCUGACGCUGAAACUAAGCAAGAGAUUAAUAGCCAGAUUAUCCAAUGGGAAGAAAAUCUUGAGCGUCUUCACUGCGAACAAUUUCGUUUAAGAUGUUAUAUGGCAAGCUUGCAGAGCGGUGAAUUACCCAAUCCAAAGAGUCUUUUAACUCAUGUAUCUCGAGCGACAAAACAAACCCUCAAUAAACUUGGCGUAUUCACAGUAUCCUCUUUCCAUGCAUUUAUUUGUGCUAGAAGCCCGUCUUUACUCAACAAUUUACUUGCUGGACGAGGUGCUACCAAACGCAGACCUCCCCUUUUAUCAAGAUCUAAUAGUGGAUCUAGUCGCAGGUCUCUGCAAAUGUCUUCAAGAGAUGACGAGAAGAGCGUUAAAGUUUCUGUACCCGAAAACCAAUUUGUAUCAGUUUUUCUGCGAGAUGGAAUGACAGUAGAAGAGUUUCUGGCAAAUGCCUGCAGUAGAAAAGGACUAAAUCCAAUGGAGCAUUUUGUUCGGGUGAAGAAACGACGAGAUAUGGAAGACCAUAAUUAUUUUGUGCCUCACAGAACUGAUACAAUUGAAACUUACCUUCAUACUCACGAAGUUGUUGAAGUCUGUGCAAAAAUACUUUAUCAAGUUGAACUUCAACGUAAUACUCUGGAUCAAAUGUGGGGCUUCUCCGUUGAGGCAGAACUUAUUGAAAAUUCAGAUCGACAGGACGAAUUGUGUUGUUACGUCAGCCGUGUUGAGGAUAAAAGUGUAGCUAUGCAAAACGGGAUUAUAAAAAGCGAUGAAAUUAUGGUAAUAAAUGGAGCAAUAGUAAGUGAUCUAGAUAUGAUGUAUUUGGAGAGUGUACUUCAAGAAGAAUUGGCACUAUGUAUGAUGAUGCGAUCAUCAAGAACAGAACCACCGGAUGUUACACCGGGUAUUGUGAGAGUAACUGAUGACAUUGAAAGCCUGGUAUGUCCACCACCACCUACCGAUCCACCCGUUAUCAGUGAAGAAAUGAUUUCCGGACUUAUUGUUCCCGCCGUACCCGGAUGGAGCAAAGAAAGUGGUGGUGGUUAUAUUAUGCACGACGGUUCCUUUACAAUGAAAGAUUGUAUUUCUGGUUCUCAAUUAGAAAAUAACAAGCAGACGUCACGAACAAAUUCGUUUGAGAUUGAAAAUUUAUUGAAGACUGCCGAACAAGUUACUGGAAUAUGUCGUUCUCCGAGCGAAACACGUAAAUCUAGUCCAACUGGCAGUGUCGUUAGCUCUCAUUCUCAAGUAUUAACACCAAGCCGACAGCUCAGUGAUGCGGAAAAACUUAAAAAAGUUAUUUGUGAACUCAUCGAUACUGAACGUACUUACGUCAAGAACUUAAAUAAUUUAUUAGAAAAUUAUUUGGAGCCGUUGAAACGAGAAACUUUCUUGUCUAACGCCGAAAUAAAUGCAUUAUUUGGCAACAUACAAGAAAUUGUUACAUUUCAAAGGCAGUUUUUGCAGAAUCUUGAUCAUGCCAUUGAAAUGGAAGCUGAUUUUAAUAACUUCGAUCAUGCAAGUCAAUUUAAGGGUGUCCUAUUUUCUAUUGGAAGUGCCUUCUUAUAUUACGUGAAUCACUUCAAAUUAUACAGCUCGUUUUGCGCCAGUCACUCAAAGGCUCAAAAAGUUUUACAUCCAAACGAAGGCAAUCAAGCACUACAAGAAUUUUUACAAGCAAGAAAUCCACGACAGCAGCAUUCAUCAACUUUGGAGUCUUAUUUAAUUAAACCUAUUCAAAGGAUACUGAAGUACCCAUUACUCCUGCAGCAAUUGAAAAAUCUUACUGACGAACGAAGUGAAGAGCAUCAACACUUGACUGAGGCAUUGAAGGGUAUGGAGAAAGUAGCUGAGCAUAUUAACGAAAUGCAAAGAAUUCAUGAAGAAUAUGGUGCAAUAUUUGAUCAUUUAUUCAGGCAGCAUCAAAAAUCAUGCAAACAGCCAAUUGAUUUAAGUCCUGGUGACUUACUUUACUACGGCGGCGUUGAGUGGCUUAAUAUUUCCGACUUUUUGGGUAAAAUUAAGAAAGGACUCGAGCUCCAUGCGAUGUGCUUCGUAUUUAAAUCCGCAGUUGUAUUUUUAUGCAAAGAGCGAUUGCGACAGAAGAAAAAGCUUAUGGGCGUCUCGACCAAAACUAAUUCCAGUGAAGUGGAAAUAAUUCGUUACCAAGUACUUAUUCCAGUUACCGAAGUUCAAGUACGAGCCAGCUCAGCCAAGGACAUGGAGUCUCAUUUUCUGUGGGAAUUAAUUCAUUUAAGAAGUCAAUUACAGAGGCGAUCAGAAAAAGUUUAUGUUCUAUCAAACAGUACCACAGAAUUUAGAAAUGCAUUCCUCAAAACAAUACGUCAAAUAAUUCGUGAAUCUGUACGAAAUAUGAGUAUACCAUCAACAAAAUCAAAUAUAACUCAACCGCCGAUGACAAUGACGCCGCGAAUGUCUACCGGGCAUGUAGAAAAAUUUGAUAAAUCGCAACAUCAAGGUCUCAAUAAUGGCACCCUAUGUACAACCGGAUCAUCAGCUGGAGGAACAGUUGGUACAUUGUCAAAAAAAGUUGUAAAACAGCAAAUACUAUCGAAUACUUUAAAUUCACGGAGAAAGCACAGUCAUCCAAAAUCAUCCGUUGAACACGAAAGUUCUGAAGACAGAGAUGUUGAUGAUAUCCCAAUUCAACAAAUUUCAUUUCGUACUCGUAGCAAAACAAUCAGUGAUACCUCAGGUGAAGUAAAGAUUGAUAUGGAUUCAGGAACAAAGUCUGAAGGUGAGGAGGACUCCCAGGCUUUUUUAGGCGAGAAAAAGACUAACUUGGGGCGGACACCAAAUCAUCUUACGCUGAGUACAACAUCUACCAUCUCAGCUGGUAGCACUGGCAGUCAAGCCAGACUCAUUCAAUCCUCACAUCAGCCAGAGAAUUAUCAACCCAUUUCAGUCAAAGAACUUGGUUCACCAAUUUGGAAGCCGCGGGAACUACCGUCACUCGGGGAAGCCACAACAUUGCCGCGAAAGGGUAAGUCGGCCGGUGAAUUUGCAGACAUUAAUUCGGCUCAUAGCGCCUCCCGAAAGUCUUUAAUAGAAAUAAAUAACUGUGCUCAACAAUCUAACUUUAAUAAUCACGUUUAAUUAAGUUAACUAUUAAUUGAUUAAGUUAAUGAAUUAAUUAAUUAAUCAAAUAAAUAAGUAAACAAAAAUAAAUAAUUAUAAUAAUAUUAAUAAUAAUAAAUAAAUUAUAUUUAACAUGAUUUAAAAAUAAUAGACUAGAGUUAAUCAUUUAUUUUAU